AUGUUGGUGCAUCAGAACGAGGAGUUGAAGCGUCAGCAGUUGGCCAUUGAGGAGGAACGUGAGAGUUGGCAGAGGAAUUUUGACGUGAUGGUGUAUCGCUACGAAACGGGAGAUGAGGUCGAUCCGGCAGCACCCGCUGGACAGAAACAGAAGCCCGGUAAAGUGCAGUUCCGGUCGAGGUCGAGUAAUUCGGAACGGCCGCAGUCGAAUGCGAGGUUAUCGCAGGUGUCGUUCAGUGAUAUGGAUCGUUCGACGGAUCGUGACUCGUUGAUUCGAUCAACCGUAUCAAUGUAUGCGUCUCAAGUACAAUUACCUGAUAAUCAUGCUGAUGACGUCAUUUAUGCCCCAGAUGAGAUUAUUACUGGUGGAGUGUUGAGUCAACGAGACGACAGUUCCGAUUGCUAUUUGUUGGAUAAGGAUCGUAGUGAAAACGGGUAG